AAUUGGCCGUACGGACUUCUCCGCUUACAAUCACCCCCUGAUAACCAGCUCCUCGUCCGAAUGGUCCACUGACCAGGUGAACGACGACUAGCCGGGACGAGAAGCCUGGUGGUAUACCCGAGGAAAUUUGAUUGUUAGCCUAAUCAAGCCCGAGGUAUCGGAAAGUAGACACUCAGUCGAUGUGCGGAGAUUCCAUUUACUGUUGCCGAGGCUCACCGUGACUGACCUUCCUAGACUCAUUGGAUCUAUUUCCCUCAACACGCGAUGCUUCGAAGACGUAUCAUUACACAGCCUGCGCUGACCUACAAGGCCCUCCGAGCCUGAGCUGAUGCGAGGCUCUGGGCGCUCCGUUGAUCGAGCCAUAUUGGAGAUGUUCAAAGAUUCUUGCAUCGAGUUGAGGUGCUCCAUGAAGGGCUUCGACAUAUUCAAGGCUUCAAAGUACAUGCCAGCCUGUCCUGGAUCGCCCCGGGUGGGGAGUACUAUGAUUAGAACUUUCUUUGGGCGCCCCGAGGACUGGGUUUUUUGCGGACAGGAGACUGGAAUAAGGAGUGCGAGAAGCUCAAGUGGGUCGAGCCGGGGGAGGUGGCCGUUGCCGAUGACGUCAACGAAGAGGAAUGAUCGUACUACAUUAAUGGUGCAUGCUAUACAAAGUGGACACACGGGCCCGAUGGCCAAGGGGAGGAUCCGUCGACCAAGGAUAUCGUCGACUAUCGCGAAGCUCUGGAACCAAUCCUUGAACGCCUGCCCAAGUUGCGAUGUUUCUACUGGGAGACAGCACUGACCACCAUGUCGUUGCGGAUGUGCCGAGCGCUGUCUCGGUCACCGAGCCUUGAGAGGGUGCACGUCGGGGCGCAAGGCGAGUUCUUC